AUGAAGCAAAAGAUUGGACGGGGCGAAUUUUCUCAGUUCCCCAAUUUGCCACAGACAAGCUGCCAGGAAGACGACGUUUCAACGUACGUUCAACAUUUAAAUGCCCUCUAUUCAGAUUUUGAAUCUAGGUUUGAGGAUAUUUUGACUAUGGUAAUACCACCGUGGAUAAUUAAUCCAUAUGGUGACAUAGAAGAAACGAAUGUCAUAAUACAAGAGGAACUGACUGAACUAAGUACAAACGAAGAACUUAAGGUUCAGUUUAAAAUCGGAUAUCAGCAAUUCUGGCUGCAAAACAACAUACCCGUUACUUAUCUCGUAUUAUGGAAUAUAGCGAGGAAAUUUUUAAUUUCCUUUCCAUCGUCAUACCUAGUGGAAAGGGGGUUCAGCACUGUUACCAAUCUCCUAUCGAAAAAGAGAAACAGACUGGACACCAUUAGCUGA